AUGGCACUGAACGUCCCAGGUUUAAUAGUGAUGGCCGGAUUCUAUCUCCUCGUCUUGGGUACAGGAAUCUGGGCAUCCUUUCGCUCCAGACGUCACGAAAAGAAAUGCGCUGGAAACGGGAUGGAAAUCACGCUGCUCGCUGGGCGGGAUAUCAACUUCCUAGUCGGAGUUUUCACGCUGACUGCUACAUGGUUGGGUGGUGGGUUCAUCCUUGGCAUCGCAGAAGCUGUCUAUACCCCUACACUGGGUCUGGUGUGGGCAUUCACACCAGUAUCAUAUGUCCUUACCUUCUUCCUGGGCGGUUUCUUCUUUGCCAAGCCCAUGAGAGCCAAUAAAUUCGUAACCAUGAUGGACCCGUUUCAGCUCAGAUACGGAAAUGUCCUGAGCAGUCUGCUACUACUUCCUGCGCUCGUCGGAGAUGUUCUGUGGGUCGCCUGCACCCUGGUCAGCUUAGGAGGUACCAUGAGUGUCAUAUUGGACCUGUCCUACGCCUAUUCCAUCAUCAUUUCCUCUGUGGUGGCCAUCCUCUACACCCUGCUGGGAGGCCUGUACUCUGUAGCCUACACUGACGUCAUCCAGCUCAUUCUCUUCUUCGUUGGCCUGUACAUCUGUGUGCCGUUCCUUGUCUUAAACCCUCAUUCUCUGGAUAUCAGCCUGACAGCUUUUAACGAGACCUUCCAGACCCCCUGGGUGGGCAUGAUAGAGCCUCAAGAUGUUGGCAAAUGGAUUGAUGAGUUUUUCAUGGUGGCACUUGGAGGACUGGCCUACCAGGCCUUCUAUCAGAGGAUUCUGUCGGCAGCUUCGUAUACACAGGCUCAGGUCACGUGUUUUGUUUCCUCCGCCUUCUGCCUGAUUCUCGGCAUCCCGUCCAUCAUAGUGGGAGCAGUGGCUGCCUCCACAGACUGGAACUCUACUUCUUAUGGAAUUCCCACUCCGUUUGAGCGCGGAGAGGCCGGUGCUAUCCUUCCCAUCGCUCUGCAGUACCUCACGCCCACAUACAUCUCCAUCGCUGGAAUCGGAGCUGUCGCAGCAGCCGUUAUGUCAUCCCUUGACUCCACCCUCCUCUCCGCCGCCUCUCUCUUCUCCUCUAACAUCUACAAAAACAUCAUCAGGAAGCAGGCGUCGGACCGAGAGAUGCAGUGGGUGAUCAGGAUCUCCGUGGUGGUGGUCGGUUUGGCAGGGACGGCGUUGACCUUCCUGGAAAACAGUGUGUUGGUCUUCUGGACGGUGAAUUUUGACAUGACAUACACCAUCAUGUUCCCACAGGUAGUUUGCGUGCUCUUCUUCAAGUCCUCCAACGGCUACGGUGCCACGACAGGCAUUUUGAUGGGAACGCUGCUUCGUUGCCUCAGCGGCGAACCUCUAAUCAAACUGCAGCCCGUCAUCUACUUCCCCGGCUACCGAUUGGACGAGGAGUCGGGAAUGUACGUGCAGUAUUUCCCUUACCGCAGUUUCAUUAUGGUCUCGACUAUACUCACCAUUCUCGCUGUCUCCUACCUCACGUCCUUGAUGUUCAGCAAGGGGGUUUUGCCAGAGAAAUGGGAUCUGUUUAAGAUCAAAGAGCAGGCCAACGCUUUCGUCCAUCCCGAGGAGAAAGGCUACAAAGAGGGCCAAAAAGUACCGAGCGUCGCCAGGCAACUGCCAGACACCACCUGUUGCUAG